AUGAAAUCAGAACGUAAUGCUGUUAUUAAAAAUAUACGAAUACUUUUAAAGACUCUAGGUAUAGAUCAACAAGUCGAUGAAGAAACAACAGAGACAGGUACCAACAACAAUUCCUCAACACAUCAAAAACGUAUUAAAAUAGACACUGUACACGAUGUUCUCAAGUCUUUUAAUGCAUUUGUAGACUCAUCAUCAGACGAUGAUGAUAAGAGGCCGAUGGAUAAAGUAGAUGAUUAUAUUAAAGCGAAAAUAUCAUACCCAAAAGGAGCAUCACUUUUACAACGGUGGCAAAAACACCCUAUCAUAUACAAAAAGUUAUCAUUAUUGGCAUGGUCUCUCUUAGCAGUACCUGCAGGUUCUGCUGUAUCUGAAAGAAUAUUCAGUAAAACAGGUCGGAUUCUUGAAGUUCGACGUCAACAAUUGUCACCAGAAUCACUUGACUCUCUUAUUUUUUUACGAAAUUUUUCAAUUGUUUUAGAAAUAGCAUAUUCAACAGGUUCAUUUCAAAUUAAACAAAGGACACCAGCAGAUUUAUUUGAAUUACUUGAACAACAUAAACAAAAUUUAAAUAUUGAAAAAUAUACAAUAUCACAAACAACAUUAGAACAAAUAUUUUUAUCAAUUGGUAAAAAACUUGAUGCUGAUUUACAAUGA